AUGGCCUUAUUUCGCGGCGCUGAAUACAAUAGGGUAAAAACAGUGAUGGAUCUUGAUCCGCUCACCUAUUACGAUAUGAACCUUUCUGCUCAAGAUCAUCAAAGUUUUUUCACAUGUGAUGAGGAUGUUGGGCGACCCGAUUAUGAUAUCAUGCAAGUGGCGUGGCGAGAACGAGACAGUGCAUCGCGUAUAAAUGCAGCCAGAGAGGCGCUGCAUAUAAAUCCAAAUUGUGCUCCUGCGCUUAUAUUAUUGGCUGAGGAACAGUGCGAAACUAUCGUUGAAGCCGAAGUAAUGUUGAGGCGCGCUUUGAAAGCUGUGGACAACAGUUUGGGGCAAUCGCAGUCUGGUCAAAUAGUCCCUCAUGAACGCUCCGGGGACAUCUAUCGACAAGCAAGAAGACGCGAUUUCCACAUGCAAAUCUACAUACGACGUCGUUUGGCGAUGUGUGCACGGAAGCAAGGCAGAUUGCGUGAAGCUAUCAAAACAUUCAAAGAUAUCAUUCGCGAUGGAUCCAUGAGCAACAUAUUGGGUGUACAGGAGAACCUCAUCGAAGCCUGUUUGGAAAUGCAAGCGUACGCUGAUGUGCAGGCUUUGCUUGUUCGAUACGAUGGCUUUGGUGAAUCGCUUCUUGCAGAUCUGAGAGAACCAAGGUCGGCUGUACUCAGUUAUACCUCUGCUCUUUUGAAAGCCAGGGCUGUGGCAGACAAGUUUGUUGCGGACAUCUCAACAAGAAGAGGAUUGUCUUCAGCAGAAGCGACUGCCAUCGAAGCAAUCACUCGAGCCAUAGAGUUCAAUCCGCAUGUUCCUCUUUAUCUGCUCGAGGCCAUUGCUUAUGCAUUCUUUCACAUUCAACAUUGGAAGCGGAUUGAUGGUGCACUGCAACUUUUGCAAUAUACCUGGAAAGGAGGUUGGUUACGUUUUCCCAUUCCAACCAUCAGUCGCAGUGGAAAAUUCGUUGCAUCCUAGUU